CGACGUGCGCUGCUGUGCAUUACCAUUCAGUACUUCAUGAGUUUGUAAUUUAGUACUUAAACCCCUCUAUUGCUUUAAAAUCAUCGCCAACCUUACCAACCAGUGGAGCACUCGUGUGAGAGAGAUUGAGAGAGAGAGAUUGAGAGAAUGCAAUACUGUGCAAAGGAGCAAAAGCCCUGUGCGCGUUGGGUUGAGAAGUAUUUUAAAGACUGCCUCUGCAAUCUGAGAGAUGAGUUAUCUUUUGGUUUUGGGUUUAUUAGUCUAGUCUGUUGGGGAGUGGCAGAAAUCCCUCAAAUCAUCACCAAUUUCCAGACCAAGUCCGGCCAUGGAGUUUCUCUUGCUUUUCUGCUCACUUGGAUUGUUGGAGAUAUUUUUAAUCUGGUUGGCUGUCUUCUGGAACCUGCAACGUUGCCUACCCAGUUCUAUACGGCUCUGCUUUACACAGUCAGUACAAUAGUGUUGGUAUUGCAGAGCGUGUACUAUGACUACAUCCGCAGAUGGUUCAAGCGUCGACAGGUCAAAGCUAACCAUCCGGCUGAAGAGGAUCAUAAAAAACCAUUAAUGAGACCUAAGUCAGUUGAUCCAGGCAUUCCAAUACCUAGAGCUUCGCCAAAAGCAACUCCUCGAAGAGAGUUCUACAUCACUUCAGCAAGAUCUUUGGCUGGCAGUGGCACCCCACCUUUUCGAACAUAUCUAACAGCUGCCAAAAGUGGUCCUUCGGCUAUGGGACUGAACAGUGAUUCAUCGUCAGAUGAUGAGGCAGCUCCAGCCCACUCUAAGAAGUCCACUAGCCAGCCCAGGCCUAUUCCAAGAUCGGUAGGCUAUGGAACAUUUCUAGCUACAUCACUCAACUUGCCCCUACAUAGUAAGGGUUUGACAGAAGCGUACUUGGGACUUACUGGGAGGAAGCUCUUACAUGAACAAGGUGGGGUAGAGAGUGUAUACGGUCAGUGGUUGGGAUGGCUGAUGGCUGCCAUUUACAUGGGCGGACGACUCCCCCAGAUAUGGUUAAAUAUUAAAAGGGGGAGUGUAGAGGGCUUGAAUCCUCUCAUGUUCAUUUUUGCACUGGUCGCCAACGUUACUUACGUGGCAAGUAUUCUUGUAAGGACAACUGAAUGGGAAAAAAUCAAAGCCAAUAUGCCAUGGUUGCUGGAUGCUGUUGUAUGCGUGGCGCUUGAUUUAUUUAUCAUAUUGCAGUAUAUCUAUUAUAAGCAUCUUCGAAAGACGCCAGGCACAAGUAGUAGUACUGGAUCAGAUUAUGAAGACUACGUGGAAGCAAGUAAAAUCUGAUGUUUCUUAAUUGGAUUUUGUAAUAUUAUUUGAGGAUACUUACGUACCAAAGUCAUGUCAUCAAAUCGGAUUUUAAACCUAAUUUAUCCUCACCGGUUAGAUCAUGAGCUUAAUUAUAUAUUAUUAAUGUAGACGUAUAAUUGGUGAUAUUCUGCGUUAUCGUUUGGAACA